AUGAGCUCUCAGCGCCCCACAGCGCGAACAUCAUGCCGCCGCUGCCAGUUAAAAAAGACAAAAUGCAACAAAGUUGAACCCCGAUGCGACAAAUGCGAAGCCGUAGGCGCAGAAUGCAUCUAUGUACCACGGAAGUCUCGGCCCAAGAGGCCAUGGGCAGUUGACGAUCAGAAUAUCUUAAGCAGUAUUCUGAGACGGCUGGACCGUCUGGAAGGCCACUGUGAGCUGGAUCGCCUACGAGAUGACUGUACAUAUGCUCGUUCAAUGUCUGUAUCUUCUACCAGUUCGGGCUUGGAAGGUCCCGCCCAUGCAGGUUUAAACUCGGCACAUGGGAAUGAAUUCUGUGAUCGUGAUGCACGAGGGACGAUACGCGGGUUAUGGAAUCAAUUUAAGGAUCCAGCGACACGUCCCCAAGCCCUGUCCGGCAUCUUUUGUCAUCUCAGACCCUUGGAAAUGCACUUUCUACAAUGCGAAAAGUUUGAGAACGCUGUAGACGCGGCAAUCGAAGAUCUUGGCUCUUUUACUGAUUAUACAGCGCUGGGGUCAGCGACAGACAACCCUAUGGUCCCUAGGGAUCUGGCACGGAAAUGGGUAAAAAAAUAUCACGACUGCCGCCAGGUCAAUGGGCCCCGGACACAUCUCGAUAAGGACUUCCUAAUGGCCUUGCCUGAUUUAUUGGAAACGCGACACGUCCAAAUAGAUAACACCGCGCGUAUAAUCUAUUAUAACACUCUUCUACACGGAAGCAUGUUAGAUCAUGAGGACUUCCCAACUAAGCGUGGGAUUGUCAAUCGCAUCUCUGAGUCGUGCAUCAGGAUAGGAGCCAGUUGGCUUGAGCUAGCAGGGAGCACUGCUGCAGAUCUGUCUGCGGCAUGCAUUAUGGUAUCGUUGGCCCUCGAGGAGGCUGAAUUUGAACUGGCCUGGAAAGCCCUCAUCCAUGCAUGCUCUGUUGCCCGAACACUGGGUUAUUUCUGGGUUGACGGCAAUAAUCCGACUCAACAAGACAACGAAGUGUUGGAUCGAUCAGAGGUAGAUAGAAACCGCGAGCGUUUCGAGUUCUGGCACCUCCUCCGGAUGGACUGCAUGUUCCGGCUCUCCUUCGGCAAACCGGCUCUCAUCCCUGCAGGAUCGUGGGCUGUGAACUUUCCUGAUCCUACAAUCACCGGUAUUGACGAACCCGAUAUGCACUUUGUUCAAAUUCACUUCCUUGCAUCUAUGCGCCAGACGCUCGUCAUGCUCAGAUACCUGGACCAUGUCGAUUUAGGGGGAGGGGCGUUAGAUGAGAAGACGGCCGGUGAUCUUGCCAUGGAAAUACAUAUGACUAUCAGAACCUGGAAGCCGGACGAGCUCCUUAGCAUGACUACCAACCACGUCGAUUCCUGGUUCGCGCUGGAUAUUCUCUUAGGCGCCUACAAACUGCUUAUCAUUCUUGAUCUGCACAUCAAUAACUACCAACAUGACCGUUUGUCGCCUACUAGUGUUGAUCUUGCUAGGCGCUCACUGGAACUGUUCCGGACCUUUGUGGGAUCUUCUUCACAUGCGCACUGGGGGACUAGCCUUGUUCUUCUCCAUCAAUUCAUUCCACUCUUAAUCUUAUCCACCCAUGUUAUCCAGUCCCUUGAGGCCAAUGCAGAUCUUGAAUUAGUGGAUUGGGUCAGGAGCUUCCUUGAGAGAACGGCACAGGAGCGGGUUAAGCUGAGACCUGUGGUAUAUACAUUGAUAGCUAUGGCCGUUGCUUGCGAGAAGGCGACAAUGCCAGUGGUAGAUGAUUAG